CUCCAGCAGCAGCACACUCACCAGGGAUGCUUUGAGAUUCUUCAUCUUCUCACGCAUCUCAUUGGCUCCGUGGAAGGCACUAUCCCUCGCCAAAUAUUCCUCACAUUUCUGCAACAGACUGAGGGUGUCCUCAAAGUGACGCUGAGCAAUCAAAGCUUGAAUCUCCUCCGGGGCAGAAGAGAGCCAAUCUGGGGCGAAAAUCAAUGGAGUCGUGGCAUGUUCUGCUGUGGGACUGAGAGUGGCAUCACUGCAGAGGCUCAUUGUGUCCACGACGGAUUUCUGUCGUGUUGCCAUGGGAGGCAGGGGAGCAGGGCCCUUCCUGUGCCGCUGAUGACCCUUCAUGCUGACCUCGAACUUUUCAAUCCAUUCCGCCUUAGCCGAUGGGCUGAUGCACUGGAAAAUACGACUCCCAUCGGGGGUGAUGAUAUUUAUUGCAUUUCGCACUCCAUCGAGGUCCCGGAUGUUGAUCACGGCCAACUUCUUUGCCUCAUACUCUGCCAGGAAUUCCAACUUCUUGUCAUGCUUGACUUUUGCCACAAUCAGCGUGUCGUUGAAGAGGAAAAGGUAGGUUCGACAGAUGGGGCGAUAAUCGUUGGCAUCCAAUCCAAUGAGUCCCCCCUCGUGGAUGAAGGUUUUAUUGUCCAGAACCCCACUGUACCCUGUCAGGCUUUCCCGGAUGAGGGCAAUUGUGUUGCGAUUCUGCGUCUCUUCGUUCACACGGGAGUCCAAUGAUUUCGUCUGUGGCUCCUCAGGGGCUGAGUCAGCAUCCAGGGGAACAUUCCUCGGGUCAUCCACAAUAUUGCUAUCCCGCAGGGUGUUCAGGAGAUUACGCUGCUCAAUCAGAAUGUGCGACAGUUGAUACAUUUCCGAUUCCAAAUGAGAGAUCUCCUUUGCUGUGUCUAUAAACUUCAUAUAAUUCUCAUAGACAUGCUUCUUGAGGGCUGUGGACGUUUGAUCACUGUACGUCUGAAUCUUUGCUUUCCUCUGAAGCAAUUCUGGACCUCCAACACAUUCCUGAACAAGAUCUCUGACGUCUGGAAAAAACAUUUUUUACAAUUAGUGGGCGUAUAAAUCUUCAAAAUUGCAUUGAAAUAAGUAAUUUGUCAACUUACGAUCAUCUGCUCGGAAUGUCUUCCCAUCAAACACGGUAUUUGGGGAGGAUUCAGGCAUUUUUCCUGGAUUCUCAGGAUGUUUUGCAAAAUAUUUACCCCGUUGAAACUUCUUUGUUAUGAUUGAUUGAGUCUUACGGAUAAUCUUACGACAUGUCUGAUGGAUUUCUUCGAGAACUUCAUAACUGAACCGAAAAUUUUUGGCGGCUGUUUAGAUUUUCUUAUUUUAUUUUAUGUAUUUUAUUUUCCCUAUUUAAUAACAGUUUUCGCUGAUUUCUUAGCUUUUCUUUCGAUGAUUUUCUUGUGAAUUUUCAGGCAGAAAAAGCAAAAAGAAAAGCCAUCAUAACCUAACAUAACAUAAACAGAUACAAAAGUUGCUGACACAGCUGACGAGGCGAAUAUUUGUUUUCCUCGAACACGUGUGACAGAGUGACAACCACGCCGGGAUUUUCCUCAAGUUUUUAUUUUGUGAAUUUCCUGCAAUUUCCACCGCGUAAUCUGGCAAAAUGGUCACCAAAUUGGAGCUGAAUAACUGCAUGAUCACCCUACGUGGCCAGGUGAAGCGGGCCAAGGUGCGUACAAUCAGUAAACUCACGCGAAAGAUCAAAAAAUUUGAGCAGGGAAAGGUGAAGAACCCGGAAAAUAAGAAAUUGGACACUAAAAUCAAGAAGUUUGGAGAGGAAAUUGAAAUCAUUAAGGAAAUCCAUAAUAUCGACAAUGUGAAGAAGCUCUUUUCCUUCAACAAGGAUAUAAAGAAGGUAAUGGCCCACGUGAAUGCCACCCCAGAAGAACGGGCAAUGUGUAAGCUUCUGUACAUGAAUGAAUUCCUGAAAACAGCCAUUCUGGAUGCAAAGAAGAAGCUCAGCUUGAGGGAUGACGAUGAGGAAUGGGUGAAGCUUCUCUUCACAGAUGGCAAACGCAAAUUGCUCAAGAAGCAGAGAGCUUUAGAAAAGAAAGGAAAGAAAGUCGCAAACACAGAGUCUCCCACUAAGAAGACAUCCGAAGAUGGUUCAGGAAGUCCGCAAAAGGCAAAGAAGAAGAAGGUUAAGAAGGAACAAAAAGAAUCAUCUGGAAGUGAGGAAGGAGUAAAGAAGGCAAAGAAGGAACGCAAAGAUUCCGCGGGAAGUCAAGAAGAGAUGGAACCUGAUCAAAGAGAAACAGCAGAAUCAGCCACCAAGUCCGAAGUGCCAUCCCCGAAGAAGAACAAGAAGGGCAAGAAAAAUCAAAAGAACGAGGAUAAGAGCGACAAAGUUUUGAAGAUGAAUGAUAAGUCGAAGAAAAUCCAGAAACCCAAAGGAAAUGCCAAGAAUUUCCCCGCCAAGAAGGGGAAGGACUUUAAGAAAUUCAACGGAGAUUCCAAACCACAUCCUGGGAAGCCGAAUAAAUUCAAUAAACCGAAUAAACCCCAAAAUGGAUCUCCUGCAAAAUUCAAACCUGGCGCCAAGAGGCCAGAAAAGGGUCAGAAGGUUGAUAAAAAGGGACAGGAUCACCCAUCGUGGGAAGCAAAGAAGAAGCAAAAGCCCACAAUUGCGCAAUUUCAGGGAAAAAAGACUAAACUUGCGGAUUAGAAUGCAUUCCGGGAACCAUCCGGAAAGAGAAUGAUUAUUUCAUGAAAUAUGCUCCAACAUAACCUCACUUUAAGUUUUCUUGACAUUGCUGCCAAGCAUUUCUUUUUAAUCCAAAAAUUCUUAUUUGGAUCGAUGUAAUUAUAGAGAAAUAAAUUUUUAUUAAGUUCAAGAA